AUGCCGUCCAUUUUAUAUUCAACAACAUGUUAUAUUAAAAAUGGUUUCUAUCGUUUACGUAUAUAUGUUGAUGAUAGAAAUGAUUAUUCCAAUAUAGAUUCGCCUGAAAAUAUUCAAUUAGCAACAGAUUCCGUAGACUUUACAGCUACUAACAUUCCAAUCAAUCAUAUACAACCUUCAUUAACUCGAUUAAGUUUUGAAUUAUUGAAUGAAAAAAAAACCAAUAAUAAUACUCCAACAACAAUCGUUCUUAAUCAUUUACUUAAUGUUCAACAAACAACAUCAUUACCGAAAAAAUCUAAUAAAAAUUUUAGUAAUAGCCUUCCCAUAUCAUCAUUAGAAAUAUCAGGCAGAAGUAUAAGUCCUUCAAGUAGUCCAACACUUGAACAAUCUGGAGACACGAGUCGUAUUAUAUUGACUCCAAAUAAUUCACAAGUUAUUUUUAAACGUCGACAAUUUAGUUUUCGAAGAUUUUUUUCUUCAUUAUCAAAUACAGAUAGUGAAGCUAUUUUAUUACAUAAAACAACAAUUAAAAUUAAAUAUGUUGAUGUAACUAAUUCAAUGCAAUGGAAUAUAAAAAGUUUAGAACUUGAAAUGGAUACAGAGGAUAUAGCUAAUGAAUUAUAUACAAAUCUUAAUUUAUGUUUAUCUACAUUAACACAAAGACCACAUCGUUUAUUAGCUUUUGUUAAUCCAUUAUCAGGCAAAGGUCGUGCACGGUCUGUUUAUGACAAAAAAGUAUUACCUAUAUUUCAAGAAGCAAAUAUAUGUGUUGAUACAAUAUAUACAGAACAUGCUAAUCAGGCACAAGAAUAUGUUAUAAAUGAAAUACUUGACGAUUAUGAUGGUCUUGUAUGUGUUGGUGGUGAUGGUAUGUUUGCUGAAUUAUGUCAUGGUCUUCUAUUACGAACAGCUCGUGAUGAACAAAUAAAUAUUGAUAAUCCUCAAGUGAAUAUAAUUCGACCUAAUUUAAGAGUUGGUAUUAUACCGGCCGGUUCAACUGACGCUGUUGUUUUUGGUACAACAGGUUUAAAUGAUCCAAUAACAAGUGCAUUACAGAUUAUUAUUGGUGAAUCACUUUUAAUUGAUAUAACUACAGUUCACAAUGAGAAUGGUUUUGUACGUUUUAUGGCAACAAUGCUUGCAUAUGGAUUUUUUGGUGAUAUUAUUCAUCAAUCGGAUAACUGGCGUUGUUUAGGUCCAUUAAGAUAUGAUUUAGCUGGAUUUUGUCAAUUUCUACGUCAUACAUCUUAUCAUAGUGAAUUAACAAUAACAUUAUCAUCACAUGAAUCAGUAGAUGUUUGUCAUCCACAAACAAUAACAUCACUAAAUAAUAGUAGUAGAACAUCAAUUGUUACACCUGAUUGUCAACAAUUAAUAAAUAGUAGUAAUUCAACAUUAACUGAAACAAAUUCAAUGAAUAAAUCAUCCGAUGCAAUUAAUAAAUUAGUAAAACCAAAUUUAUCAUUUUGUCGUCAAAACUGUGGAAGAUGUGCUGAAGAAAAACAGUUUGAUCCUAAUAAAGAUCAGUUACCCUUACAAAUAAAACGUGAAGGAAGAUAUACAACUAUAAAUUGUCUUAAUAUGCCUUGUAUUUGUGCAAAAAGUAAAUUUGGAAUGUCACCAUUUGUUCAUCUCGGUGAUGGAACGUUUGAUUUAAUCCUUGUUAAACGUUCUUGGCGUACUGGUUUUCUUCGUUUUUUGUGGCAAGUUGCUAAUGACAGUCGAUCCAUUGAAGAUCUACCUAAUGUUGAACGAUAUCGUGUUCGAGAAGUUCUUAUACGUCCUAUAAAUACAGGCCAAAAACAACUUGGCAAUUGGUCUUGUGAUGGUGAAUUGAUAAAUGGAAACGAAAUUCAAAUUCGUGCUCAUCGUCAAGCACUUAAUAUUUUUGCUUCGGGUAUUAAAUUAAAAGAAAAACAACAAAAUAUUUAUAUCAAACCUGAAAGUACAAGUUGUUUUCCUUGUUUCCGAAAUAAAAAAGACAAAAUUUCUCAAGAAUCAAAUUCUUAA